CUGCACGCAUAUCAUAACCAAAGUGCGCACAUUUUUUUUCAAUUCAGUACCGUAAAAAUAACAUAACCAAAAAACAUUCGACGUAACAUAAAUAUACCUGCUUGUUAAGUCUUCACUUCGAAUCAAAAAUGGUUGAGCCUGAUAACCAAGAUAGCAGUAGUGCUAAAGAAGAUACUAAUAACGUGGAUACGAAUCCUCUGAAGAGAAUCAGAGAAGAAAUAGUUGAUGAAGUCUCUACUAUUUCACCUAAAAAAGCUAGAGUAGAGCAAAUUGUGAAUGAUGAUGAUAAGCUACCUUCAGCUUCUUCUGAUAAUUCAAAUGAUGUUGAUACUGAUAUGACUAAAUCUGAAUGUGAUAAGUCAAAAAAAUGUGAAAAAAAUACUAUGGAGUUGGAAGAAAUUUCUCAAACAGAUAAAAACGAUUCAGAUAGCAAUGAAAAAAAAGAAAUUGUAGAAAAGACUGAUAGCAUUACUGAUUUAAACUCAGGCAGUAAUGAGGUGAGCAAUGAAGGUUCUACGUCAGAAUCGAACGAGAAAAAAAUUGAGAAAGAAGUUGAAAAUCCCAAUGAUUGUGCAAAAGUGAUUAACGAUCAAGGUGAAAAUAAUGUUGAUGAAGGUGAAAAGAAAGAGGAAAGUUCUGAGACAAAUGAUAAUGAAAAGAGUAUUCAAGAUCAAAAUGUAGCAAUGGAAGUUGAUGAAACAAAUAAUUCUGAGCCAACUGCACUUGAAACAGCUAUCAGUGAUGAUCAAACUAAAAAGAAUGAUGGUGAUGAUAUUCAAGAAGAUGCACAAAAAAAUGAGGAUAAUCUCAAAAAUAGUUCCAAAGAAAUAGGAACUGAUCCAAUGAUCACUGAUAAUGAACCAAAAGAAGAUAGUGCACAAAAUUCCAUUAAAAUAAAAUCAAUACCUAAUAAACAAAUUAUAAAUGGUAUUGAAUUAAUAGUUGAAUGUGCAAGUGACAAUGAAUCCAUUGAAAGCAAUAAAAAAGAUAAUGAUAUUAAACCUAGGAAAAAUACUGUUAUCUUUUAUGAAAUGCCAGUUGAAGGUGAAGUAGAUUGUACAUCAUCUGAAGAUGAAAAACAAGAGCCAAAAGAGAAAAUAGCUGAAGAUGAUAAUAAUGAAACAUCUGAAAAUAAUUCUGAAGACUCAAAUAAAAAGUUGCAAGAAGAAAAAGAUUCUCAAAAAUCUGUUAGUCCAAAAAAUAUUUCUAGCGUUGAAACUUCACCUAGCACUCAAAAAUCACCCAAUUCAAAAAAAUCACCUGAAGGUGCAAAGUCAUCCAGCCAAAAAUCGCCUACAGUUGAAUUGUCAUCUCCUCCAAAACAAUCAUCUCUCACUGAAACAUCUUCCAGUCCUCAAAAAUCACUGAGCCCCGAAGAACCUCUUGGAACACCAGAGCCACCACUUAAAAAAAGAAGAGGAAGACCCCCCAAAUCUGCUAAAAAAAUUAUUUUAAAAAAAGAAGUAAAACAUCAAGAACAAGUUGAAGAAAAAACUGCAAAAGAUGAAAAAGAUGCAAGUCACAAAAAUGAUAAAAUGGAUAUUCAAGAGAGCAAUGAUAAUAAUGAACUUUUAGUAAGUGACUUAUCAGGUAGUGAUACUGAAAGUGAUAAAAUUGAAAAAGCUGAUGAAUAUUAUAUCAAAAAAAUUGAGAAAUUGAAAAAACUCAUAAGAUUAGCUGGGAUUAAAUUAUAUAAUUAUAAAAUUAUAUGCAGAGAUUGUAAAACUGAUGCUGAUAGAGCAAAACGUUUGCAAACAUAUUUAGAAGGAAAAGGAAUCCAAGGACGAAUUACAGCAGAAAAAUGUAUACAAUUAAAAAAGAAGAAUCAAGAAUUAAAAGUUAAAGAACUUGAAAAUGUAGCAAUUGAAGAACCAGAUAAAAGCUCAAACGUAUCUGAAGGACGAAUGACAAGAAGAAGCAGGAGAACAGAAGAGCUACAUCAAGACACAAAAUAAACCUCACAAUCAAAAUUCAAAAAAGGUGUAGACAAUGAUUAAUAUUAUGACUUUAAGACUGCAAUCAAAAUUUAAAAAAGAUAGUUAUCUAAAAUGUUAAAAGUACAAAAAAGUUUAUGCUCCUAAUACAAGAAAAGGAAAAACACUGCUUUCCACAAUUGAGUUAGUCCAUGGUGUUUUUUCUUUUCUUUUAGAGUAAUGUUUUUGUAACUGAUUCAUAAGCUUUAAAUGUGUUUUUAUUCUCUGUUGUACUUAUUUCGUUAAAAUAGUGUAAAAACUAUUGAAAUGUAAAAUUGAUCUAUUGAACUAUUGGAAAUUCUUUAGUUAUUGAAAUGAUGAUUGGAAAAUAUUUUUCAUUAUGCAUAAGUAAUAUUUUUGAAGGGUUUAAACGAGGUUUAUGCAAAGCCGAAUGACAAAAUUUGAUAUUCGUUGAAAGUAUUUGUUAUAAUAAACAAAAAAAAUUAUAAAACA